AUGCUGCAACACAAGGAGGACUCCAAAAAUGACAUGUUUCAACAUGACAUGAAAGAAAUAAGAUUCGGUAAAAAAUUAGUUGCAGAAAAUUGUGGAUUGUAUAUGGAUGGAAAUAAGAAUGCUGGUGUUGUUUGUAAUCGAAUCACAGAAUUAAAUAUAAACUCCAGAAAGAAAACAUCAAACAACAAAAGUGAUAGUUCACAGAUGAAAAAUGUUUUAAAUCAUAUAAAUCAUAAUUCAUUAGAAUUAAUACCUUCAAAAAGACCUUUAAUCUCGUAUUCUACAUAUGAUAAUCAACAAAAAUAUUUUGAAACAAAACUUGUUCCUGAUUUACAAGGAAAAAUGAGUAUUUGUGUUGGAAGAAAAAGUGGAAGUGCUACUGUUAAUAUAAAUAUUGAUGAUUAUGAUCUAGAAAAAACUUAUCAUACAUGGAAAAAAAUCACAGGAAAAAAUUAUGUACACAAUAAAUCAAACCUAGAAAAUAAUAUUUUUUUAACUGUUGCAGAUGAUGCAGAAAGAAGUGAUAAACUACCAAUCGUUCAAAAUAGAAAUCCUCCUUUUGCAAAUCCUGAUGGACCAUUCGAAAAAGAAAGACUCAAUUUACCUAAACAAGCAAGAGAUAAUCUAGAUAGAACAUUAACACCACUAGCUAUAUGCGAAAAAAAAAAUAAAAUCUCAAAAAAAAAAAAUAUACAUAUUCAUAAAGAUUCAUUACUAAUAUUAAAACCUCAUGAAAAUGUUAUUACAGAACAUAUCAAAGGAGUUAGAAGAACUAAUUUUCCAUGGAUUCAAUCUAAUCGUAUCAAACAUAUUCUCAACUAUAAUUAUGCUCAUCCACAAAAUCUAAACGAAAAACACCUGAACAAGUCAGGAACUAGCCAAAAUUGUAAUUAUCAAACAUAUCUAAAAGGUGUAUUUGCUGAUAGAUCAGAGAAUGAAGAAAGAGAUAUUAAUGACAGAUUAUAUAAUAAUGAUUAUGAAGAAGAUCAAAUUGUGGAUGAUAACCAAUUAAAAAAAUAUAACAAUAAUUAUGAUAAUAAUAAUAAUAAUAAAAAUAAAAAUAAAAAUAAAAAUGAUGAUGCAUAUGACGAAAAAGAUAUAACAUUAUAUAACCAAAACAAAUAUAAGAACGAUGAAAAUAUGUUUCAACAAUAUAAUGAAAAAUAUAAUGAUCCACAUAUACAUGUUGAUCCACAUAAACAUGUUGAUCCACAUAAACAUGUUGAUCCACAUAAACAUGUUGAUCCACAUAAACAUGUUGAUUAUCUUAGUUAUGAAAACACUUUAGAUAACUGCAAUAGUCUUAUAAACCAAAAAACAAAAAAUUAUAAAGACACACAAAAUUAUUUGGGAAAUAAUAAUUAUAAUAUUCAACAUAACAAUGGGCAAUACCAGAUUCCAAAUUAUAAUACACAAAUUGAAACUCCACAAAAAAUAUAUAAUAGUCAUACAAGAAACUGUUCUAAUAAUUCUGGUCAAGAAAUAAAUAAUGUAGUACAUAAUCAACAGGAACAUAUAAAUGGGAAUAAUAAUUAUUAUAAGGUAUCAUCAUUUGAAAAUAUGUUAUAA